ACAACAUCCACUUCAUUCAGCUAUUAAUUUACUGUGUCCGGAGGCAGCCUGCGUACCCUGAGACAUCGACGUUGUGUAGCUGGUUUGGCGUUGCAUUUUUCUCUCUAUCCUUGGACAUAAAUGACUGAUUGCCAAAUGGUUUCCUCAGAUUUUACAGCACAAGAGAAGAUGGAGAUUGAAAGCAUCAAGACGUAUAAAAAAGAUCUUCUAGACGAUAUCCAGAAGUUAAAGAUGGAGAUAGAUAAUGUCAUGGCACAGAUACUCAGCUUUGAAUCUGCAGAAGAAAACAAGACAUUAGAGAAGAACAAACAAUUCUCAAAUGGGAAGAAGAAAUUCAACAUGGACCCCAAAAAGGGAAUCAAUUACUUGGUGGAGAAUAAGCUGCUGGAUGGAAGUGCCCAAUCCAUUGCUGAGUUUCUCUACAAGGAAGAGGGACUCAACAAGACAGCCAUUGGAGAAUUCCUCGGAGAAAGGGACGAGCUCCACCUUCAGACCCUGAAGGCUUUCGUGGAGCUGCACGAGUUCUCCGACCUCAACCUGGUCCAGGCUCUCAGACAGUUUCUGUGGAGUUUCCGUCUGCCUGGGGAAGCUCAGAAAAUCGACCGUAUGAUGGAGGCCUUCGCCACACGCUACUGCGACUGCAACCAUAACGUCUUCCAGUCAACUGACACGUGCUACAUCCUGUCUUUUGCCAUCAUCAUGUUGAACACGAGCCUUCACAACCCCAACGUGAAGGACAAAACCACUCUGGAGCGUUUCAUCUCAAUGAACAGAGGCAUCAACAACGGAGAGAACCUACCUGAUGAUUUGCUGUCGAAACUGUACGAGAGCAUACGCAACGAGCCCUUCAAAAUCCCAGAGGAUGAUGGGAAUGAUCUGACUCACACCUUCUUCAACCCUGACAGAGAAGGAUGGCUCCUCAAACUUGGAGGUCGGGUUAAGACAUGGAAGAGGCGAUGGUUCAUCCUGACAGACAACUGCCUCUACUACUUCGAGUACACCACUGAUAAAGAGCCCAGAGGCAUCAUCCCGCUGGAGAAUCUCUGUGUUAGAGAAGUGCCAUACUCUCGAAAACCGUACUGUCUGGAGCUGUACAACCCCAACAGUCGAGGGCAGAAGAUCAAAGCCUGUAAAACAGAGACGGAUGGCAGGGUGGUGGAGGGGAAGCACCAGUCCUACACGAUAUGUGCCUCCAGCGCAGAUGAGAGAGACUCCUGGAUUGAGGCCAUCAGAGCAAGUAUCACCAAGGAUCCGUUCUACGACUUGGUCUCGCUCCGUAAGAAAAAAGUGAUUCACCAAACUCCUCAGGACUCGGCACAGCAAGAGCCAACCUCUUGAAUGUUUACGUCAUCGCACCACUGAGGAUUGUACUUCUUUUUUGUUUUAACCACCCUGCAACAAAAGAGCACUGAAGGCAUCAGAAACACACUGACGGUGGUGGUUUGGACUAAAAGAGGACUUCUCUUCCCACUUCUUCUUUCAUAGACUGAGAAAUACAGAGUCAGAGGUGAAAAACUGACUCAUUUCUGUUGUUCACAGUCUCAGCACAGCAAGACACUGAGCUCUGUGUCAGUGCGAGGGUCAGUUCAUGUCGUGGGCUCAAAUCUUUGUGUACACAUUUAACUGUGUGUAUUUACUGCACUUUUUUUCUCUGCAGCGAGACGUUGUUCUGUUGGUUGGAGACAGCCGAACAAAGCACCUCAGCUAUGGAAGACAAAUUAAGCGUGUGUUGUCUCAGCACUUCCUUGAAUACUAUUAAAAGGCAAAUAUGAGACACGACGUCUUAACCAACUCAGUUCUCACAGUGCUCAAAAGAGGACUUUUAUAGAGUGACUGUAGCUUCACUUCUGUCUGGUGGUAGCUACAAGUUUCAUUGUAAAUGCUUUGAUAGGUAUGGCGUUAUCUCAGUGAAGUGUUUUAGUUUGUACAGAAUUGUUUUCAAGCAUGGAAAUAUGUUUUUCAAUUUCUUUGUACCUCAUAGAGUGACAUAAAAUGUACCUUAACACACAGAGACCUGCAUAUUUUUUUGUAACAUAAAUUAAAAGGACAGUGCAAUAGGAACAAUAUAUAUUACAUGUGCUUUGUAACAAAUUUAUUACGUACACUGAAAUCAUUUAGCCAUACUUGUGUAAUAUGUGCCACUGUAACUCCUGUAUACCAUCCCUUUUAUCACUGUAAUGACUUCAUUUGUUAUGUUCUCCUGAAAUGAUUAUUUAAUAAAAACUGUUUACCUCUG